UCUCGACGGUUGGUUCGCUCGCAGCGCAAGAAACGGAAGUGGUGGCAAAACGUGCAACAUCCGGCGGCAAACCAUACAAAAAUAAACACAAUAAAGCCCAGAAAAAGAAAACCUGUAAACACAGCUCCAUCUAAAAAGAAACAAAAAAUAGUUAAAUUCUAAUAAAAAUAUAACCAAAAUAUAGUCAAAAUUUGUGUGCGCUUUGUUGAUCAAAUCAAUAAUCAAAAUUAUUGCAAAUAAUUAAAAAAUUAUAUAAAUAUUUCAAGUGCUUUCGGUAGAUAUAAAUGUCUAAAUUUAAAACGCGGUGAGCUCCCCCAAAAAUUUAAUAUCGAUUAUAAAAAAGUUAAAAAGUUUGUGGAAACGAUUUCGGAAUCAGAGCCAGCGAAAUGAAAGCAAGGCAAACAAACGUUAUGCGUAUAGGCCAGGCCAAAAAGGACAAGAUAACAAAUCUCCCAGCAGCACUUAAGGCAUAAAUCUCAAACUCAAUCAACCAUUUUGAGGCUGAGAAAGAGUGAGAAAGAGAGUAGGUUCACCGCCAGACAGAGACAAACGAUCUAAGUGGCUGCCUUUCAUCUGGAUAUUGGGACAAAGUCGGUAGCAAAAUAAGGAUAAGGAUAAGGAGCUGAAAGAGGAGCACUUGGAACACCAGGAACAGUCCCAUCAUCAUCAUUCUCCAUGUUGAUUUCACCUGAAAUUGCGACCGCAACGAAGGACAAACAAACUCACAUCGAAGGAGAACGCUUUCAAGGACACAACAUGGCCAGGUUCAUUGAGGAAUUCAGGCUUUCUAGUGCAUUUGCUGGCCAUUUGAAUUAUGGCCUUCGUCAACAUGACUGUGCCGUCGCCAGCCACGGUUAAGCUGAGCACAUCCUUCAACGCCAGUACCCUGUUCGAGUGCAAUCUGGGCCAGAAUGCGGCCACCAAUGGCAAUGCCAUCGAUGCCAACUUCGACGGGAUUGCAGACGACUGAAUUGCAUACGGUGCAACAGGUGCACGCGCAUGCCACGCCCUCCGUUAAUCCACAGGACAUCAUACACCAGGAUCGGAGUCCACAUAACCACAAUCACGCCAAACUGCCAGCGUUGGAACUGUUGGUUGAGAAUAAGAUCAGCUAUAGUAGCUAUCAGCAGCACGCCAAGGAUCUCAAGAACCAGAGCCACAAUCAAAGUCGAUCCAAGAGAAGCUCCCUGAGCAGUCCAUCGUCUAGUGAGGAUUGUGUUAGUGCUGCCAGGGCUAGUAUUUUUGAUGACGCCGCCGAGAACUUUGUGAUUAAUUUCCCCUCGGAAUCGGCAUCCUCGCAGCAUUUGCUGCCAUUAUCGGAGACGGUACCAUUGCUCACCCACAUCGAGGCCACGGUGGUGGAUAAGCAGCGUUCGAUAAGGCUGAAUAAGAAUAGUGCCUCGCUGAUAUUUACCAAGAAGGAACUAACCCAGGGAAACCAUAAUCAUCAUAACCACCAUCAUCAUCAUCAUCAUCAGCAGCAUAAUCAUCAGCAACAAAGGCGCCAGCAUCAUAGCAGUUUGUACGGAGUUGGCAGAAAGCCAACGAAGCAUCUGCCACCCACAAGAGGUCAACACCAGAGACGUAGUCUACCCCUCAGCUAUAACAACAAUCUGGUGACCAACGCUUCAACGGGAGUCGGAGGCGGAGGACGAGGCGGUGGAGGAGCCAAGCUUGUGCCGCUCAAGCAGCAGCAGCAGCAGCAUCAGCACCACGGAGCAGGUCACACGGCACUACCCACGGCGAACGUCGUUGUUCCCGGUGCGGCUUCGUCCGCCCGCAAACAGCUCUCCUACUCCUGGUACGCGCCCGUUUACAGUGCGCUCGAGGAGGAGCUGGAGCAGGACUCUCGGGACUCCUCGCCAAUCCACAAUCUGGCCAACACAAAGCAGCACCAGCGCUCCGCCAGCCAAAAGGCCUCCACCGGCCUGCAUGCCACGCCCCGCCACGACCACGCCCACGAUUCUGCCGACGCCGAGACGGUUGCGCUACUUGACACACAGACGCGCAGCAAGAUCAUCAUUUCCUCGGCAAAUGGCGACGCUGGCGGUGCAGGGGCAGGAGACGGCGGAGGAUCUGGAAACGGCGGAGCACUGGUUACGAAUGGAGGAGGAGAUCUGGAGAGCUCACUGGGACUAUCCGGCGGCGGGCAGUUACCUCGAAGGCGUCGCUUCGAGAACUUUCUCAAAUCGCUGGUGGGACUCAAGGCGAGCAGUAGUCGGAGUGGGGGAGGAAGUGGAGGAGGAGGAGGUGUCGUUGGAGGCGGAGGUGGAGGUAUUCCUGAACGGGAACGUCCUGCCUCACCGGAAAUACGAAUCACACGCACACCCUCCGAACAGGAUGUGGUGCUCCGAGAUCCUUCUGGCCGUCAGGUAGCCAACGGCCAGGUACGCGGCAGCCUGAGCAUCAGCGGUUCGAGCAGCUCCUUGAAUGUGGUCCAGCAGAAGUUAUGGCACAUCAUGCGGCGCGAGGGCAGCGCCAGUAGCUUGCACCAGGAGAAGUCCCAGUCGAUUGUCCAGUACACGGGACUGCGAAAGUGUGAAACGGUCCUGGCCCUUACCCGGCAAUCGCAAUCGCAUGGUCAUGUCCACGGCUUGAGCCAAAGUAGGAGUCAGGGACAUUCCUUGGCUGUCCAUGGCAGCGGAAUCUUUAGCUCCGGUGGAGUAGAGCAGAUCCGACCACUGAAUCGUCUGCGGAACAGUGUGAGCAGCAUGAAUGGCGUAGGUACCUGUUCUCGCUGCUCCAGUUUGCUAUCCCUGGCUGCCUCUGGAUCACGUUAUUCCCUGGCCAAUGGCUUUGUGCCACGGCCGGAUUCGGCCCUCAAUCAACCAGAAGCUGGAGGGGAAGAGGAACAACGUCGAUCGCAGGAGCCGCACAUCAAUGUGAAUGCCCAGAUCAGACUAAGCGGUGGAACAACUGCAAACUCGACCAGUCCCAGUCCGCCGUCCAAUGUCACCACGGCCACUUUGCACUCCAGCUCUGCCAAUAAUCUAAAUCCGGAGGAGCAGCAGCAUCAGGCCACCUCAACGGCCGCGACCACGCCCACUACUGACGGACCUGGCGGCGGGGAAUUAGGUCCCUUUGGCACUAAUCAUGCUUAUCCAUUGACCGUGAGCUCUCUGCUCUCCAUGGCCAGUGCGAAUCAAGCGGCCCAGGCCUGCUGUGUUCGAGAUGGGAUUGCCCUAAAGCGUCGUGAGAUGCUUGCCUCUGCCGAUGUUACGCCCUCCGUGGGCACUCCAGCUACGCCCACUACCAAUUUCCAGCCCUUCACCUGCAAGCUGUGCCUCAUCGAUGUGGAGGACGUGGGCGAGGCGAUGUCGCUGCAGCAGUGCGGCUGCCAGUUCUGCAUUGAGUGCAUGCAAACCUAUGUAGAGUUUGAGAUUUCCGAGGGCGCCUACGAGAUCUCAUGCCCGGACGCCAAAUGCCCGGCUCAGGGCGCCAUUUCCCUGCCCGAGAUUGCGAACCUAACGACAACGAAUCUGCUGAAGAAGCACCAUCGCUAUCGGCUGAAUCGAGAAAUCGAAUUGGACAAGACGCGCACAUGGUGUCCACGAGCUGGUUGCGAGACCAUCUGUAUGGUGGGCGGAGCAGCACAGCCCGGUCAACCGGGCGCCAUUUGCCAAAUGGACGAGUCGCCGUCGACCUCGCAGAGCUACAGUCCACAGCAGGAGGCGGCCGGAAGCGGAAGCGCAGGUGCCGCGACCGGAAACGGAGCCGCCGUGCUCUCGGUGUCAGUACAUUGUCCCUCCUGCAAGGACGAAUUCUGCGGCCUCUGCAAAAAGGCGUACCAUCCAAACGUAAGUUGCGAUGAGUUUGGACGCCGACUGGUUGCUGAUGGCCAGGAUGACAUUGGCAUACCGUUCGACAACGAGCUGAUCAAGUUGUGCCCCAUGUGCGCGGUGCCCAUCGAGAAGGACGAGGGCUGCGCCCAGAUGAUGUGCAAGCGUUGCAAGCACGUCUUCUGCUGGUACUGCCUGGCCAGUUUGGAUGAUGACUUUCUCCUGCGCCACUACGACAAGGGACCGUGCAAGAAUAAGCUGGGUCACUCCAGAGCCUCGGUGGUCUGGCAUCGCGCCCAGGUUAUUGGGAUCUUUGCCGGCUUUGGUAUACUGCUACUGGUGGCUUCCCCUCUCCUGCUCCUAGCGGCACCGUGCAUCAUCUGCUGCAAGUGCCGAGGAUGCAGCGGAUCAAAAAUCGACGAGGUGGACGCCGAGCUGGAGGAGGAGGUCACCGCCUUGCAGGGCUAGGUGGCUGGAUCUGCUCCACCCAUCCGUACCCAUCCAUACGCGACAUUAGGCUGCAGCCUGUUAAGCAGCUGCUGUAAUUACUGGUAGAUUCUAUUGCUAAUGACGACAGCUUACGUACAUUUAUUUUAGUUAUUACAAUUAUAAUUGUAUAUGUGUUAACUAAAUUGUGAUAUUUACAGUGAUUCGAUUUCUAAUUGAAUCGACAAAUUUGUUGAGAACCUAUACAAAGACAAGACGCCUUCGAUUCUUUUUUAGGUUCUGUCUCUACAUAUAUUCUUUCCUCCCUAAAACAAAAUAUAUAUUCACCCAAAUCAAUCUGUAUAAAUCGAGUAGGUCCUCUUCAUAGCGCAUAAGUUAGUCUAAAUAUAUUAGGAGUACGCCUCGUAUUUCAACAGUGCUUUUAUAUCGCACCCACCCAAAAACAAAAACAAAAACACCCAAAACUCACCCACUCACUCACUCCUCUCAAGUAUUACGCAUGCAACUAACAGACCCAACAUCCUUUGGGCCACUUUGAUCAACUGCUUGGCAAUGCUUUUAUCUACGCAUACACAUAUAUACACUGCAUAUAAAGGAGGUGUAUAUGAUGUCACUACUACUGUUUAUUGAAUGUAUUUAAUUGUAAAUGUUAAUAUGCAGCUAAAACAAAUGUAAAACAGAUCACUGCCCACUGGUUGUUCGACCAAACAGAUGGUGGUACGCAUGCUGGGCAGGGUUUGGUUAAUGUAAAUUAUUGAAUUAUUUAAUGCAUAUACACUCAGAACACAUAUAUCAAAAUACGUAUGACAUAAAAAUGCGUGUAUAUUUAAAGAAAUCAUAUUUAAACUUUACUCUUAAUGUGAACAACUACCGCGUAUGCUGUUUGAAAUAAAAAUGUUAAAAGAAAA